UUUGUCUUGCAGUAAUUGUCUUGGAACAGGCAGCUCAGAAGUUUCCACUAUUUUGCACCAGAAUUUGUACUUAGCAAGAUAACAUGAAGGGGAGUGCUGUUCUAAUGGAUACAGCUUUUCAUUUGUGAAUAUGGUAGAAACUUCCUGUAGGAACGAGCAAUGCUUGUUCCCCGGUUUCCUGGUUUCAUUUCAUGAAAACAGUAAGCUAAGGGGAGCUACAACUACUCUCACACAAACUCAGAGAUCAGCAGGACACUGAUGAAGGAUGAUGAGGAUGUCGAGAAGAGUCACAAGUUGCUGUGUAGCCUUGUUCCUCGCUUUCACCUCUGUGUCAGCUAUACAAAGGCUCAAUUCAAUCAAUGACUUGAAGAGAAUCGACUUUGGCCACACUGUGCCCAAGCACAGUCUUUUGCUGCUCCACUGGUUUGCUAACAUAAUUGACAUUGACAGUAACAAUGUCAUAUGGUUGACCUUCAAUCCAAACAAUGAAGAUUAUGGCUCACAUCAUUAUGGCAACUAUGACAACCUGUUGGACCCACUGCCUUAUGGAAAUAUACGGUACUACACUGUUGACAAUCUCAAUCAAGCAACUUCCUCUGCGCAGCUUCCAAACUAUGUUGUCCAUCCCCGGGGAGAGUAUGAGGGAAGAAACAGGGACCGGAUCAUAUUCAGAGUCAGGGAGCAGAACACAGGAUGGCAAACUUUGCGUAGGAUAGACAGAGUGUACAUCACACAGCAUUAUGAAGCUUCUGGAAUUCAGGGGACAUAUGAUCCAGAUCAAACCUAUGAGAUUACUACAAACCUCUUAAUACAGAUUAGAGAGUUUUCUGUGGGACAAAACUUAUGGUCACUUGAGCAUCUCAGAGACCGCUUUGGAAGUAACGCUAAUGAUUUCCAGUUAAGGGACAUCAGAAACACAUGGGGUAACCUUGCUUGUCUCGGACUGCUGUUGUUUAUUGUGAUCCAGGACAGAUACAACCGUAACCAACAUAGUUACAGACCUCAGCAUGAAGCGAGAGGAAACUCACAACUCCAUUCCUUUGAUAACUUCCCAGCGACCAGACAAAGUCACUGGAAUACUGAUACUUCUGACACCUGCACUAUUGUUGGUCUUAUUUUACUCAUUGUAAUGAUUUUAGUCAUUUUUGGUGCUGUUUCAUCAGGUGGGAGAAUUAGAUGACAAGAAAGGAGGGAGAACAUGUUCCUUGAUAUUGUCUAAUGUCUAAUGGUAAUGCUUUUCAAUGAUGAUGAGGACUAGGAAGCCAGCAGGACCUUUAAGAUGACUGGGAACCAGGCAGCUACAACACCUUAGCACACCUGAAACAAAGAGUUGUUCUAUUUUCUGUAGUACGCUUUGUUUGCCUCCAUAUUUUUAAUUAUUUGUGUACUUUAGUAGCUUAUUUUGUAAACGCUGUUCAGUUAAUAUUGAGAUAUAGGCUUGGUAUGACAUGCUUGUGAUGAAAGACCAAAUACUAAAAAAAAAAAAAAAUCACAAACUGUCAUUAAAGGCAGACAAUCUUCAGGGUUACAGUUCAGCCCAAUCAGUGAGCCAAUUCGAAUUUAGACUAUAAGUAAAACCUGUCAGUGAUAAGCACACUGACCUCACCAAGAAGCGAGGAAGUUGUUAGUGAACGAAGGUGACACAGAGUUUCUUCUGAGUAAAAACCUGUAGAAUCUGACCUCAAACCACAGCAUGAGACAUCUGCUGUGAAUAACAUUGGGGUGGAUCUUACCUGCCGGGAAAAAUUGCAACAUAAAAGAUCAAAAACAGGAUGGCAGCUUUAAGUUUUAUUAGACCAAGAAGUGAGGUCUAAGUGGUUGGAUUUC